AUGGCGCCAUUCAAGGCUUUCAUUGCAAGUCUGGGUCUUGUUGGCUUUGCCUCCGGUGCAAUUCUCCCAAAGAUCAACAGUUAUCCUGGACAUAAUCUGGCCUUGGAGAACAGAACACUAGAUGAGAUCUACGCUGCUGCAAAGAAUGAAACUGGUGAAUUAGUGGUUCUUUGGGGUGGAGAUGCCGUUAGUCAAGGAGACUCAACAAUUGCUGCAUGGAAAUCCCGAUUCCCCGAUAUCAAGCUGAACUUGACUGUGGAUGUUUCGAAAUACCACGACAGUCGUGUCAAUCGCCAGUUCCAGCGUGAUGGUACCGACGGUGCUGAUAUUGCUGUCUUGCAGACCCUGCAUGAUUAUGGCCGCUGGAAGCGUGAGGGCAGACUUCUUCCCUACAAGCCUCUCAAUUGGGAGGAUGUAUACUCUUCAGUCAAAGAUCCCGAAGGUGCCUUCCUUGGAGUAUUUAUCUAUCAGUUCGGCAGCUUUGUCUACAACAAAGAAUCACUGAAGGCAUCCGACCUUCCCUCGACGUACGACGAACUCACCAACCCUUUCUGGAAGAACAAGCUUGUUCUCACCCAACCCAACGACGAUGACGCGAUCACCUACUUGUUCUCAACCAUAAUCGAAACAUAUGGCUGGGAAUGGUUCGAAGAUCUCCAAAAGCAAAACGUGAAGUGGGUUCGUGGCACAGGUGAGCCGGCAAACUACGUGGCAGAGACAAACACCUCGCGCGUUUUGUCAUUCACCACAAACUUGAACGGCGCCAACAAUAUUGCCAACCAGCCCGUGAAUGACAGUCGCAUUCUGUGGCCUCAAACUGCUGCCAUCUUUGCUUCUACCCCUCGACCGGAGAGCUCCAGGCUGUUUUUGAGUUGGUUGCUCAGUGAUGAACACCAGCAAACAUUUGGUGAUAGCGGUAGCUAUCUCAUCCGGAAAGAUUUGAAGGCUAAAGCUGGGAGUGUUUGGGAUGAUCCUUACACAGCUCUUACUGAGUUUGCUACUUUUAUGGAGAACCGUGAUCUUGUUGAGUGGUGGCGUCUUCAGUUUGAGACUUCUCUUGGUGUUGCCAAGGGCGUAAGCCCUGUUGAAUCUUUCUUUGGAAAGAUGCACGCUAAAAAGUGA